UGGCAAGAAAACCUGGAACCUGCAGAUUUAUUUAUUGUGUUCAUCGCUAAACGAAAUAGCAAUGUGAUAGUGAAGCGGGAUUUAAAAAAAAUAGAAAAAAGUAUUUCCGUUCAGCAGGAGAAACCGAUUCCUGAUUGUCGUGUCGAGCCGAGCUGACAGGCUGCAGCAAAUGGCAACUUGUGCAGUUACCAAUUAUAAUAAUGUUGUUGAAGCAAGUUCAGACACGGAUGAUGAAGAUAAAUUGCAUAUUGUGGAAGAUGAGAGUGUGACUGAUGCUGGAGAUUGUGAUGCAAAUGCACUGGAGGAGGAUUUGCCAACAAAGUGUUCAGUAUUGCCAAGGAAAGAUGAAACAGAUGAAGAAAAUGAGAGUGCUGAGUGGAGAAAUGAAGAAGGAACGAAAGAAAAUACAGACAACCUGGGGCCUGAAGCUCAGAUGCUCAGUGAUGGUUGCACAGCUAAUGAAGAAGGCUGUGAUUCUGAUGGCGAGAACUGCUUUCAUGAUUCAGCUGCAGAAGAUGAACAGACCCAUGAUCCAAAAGUUCAAGAAUACCUUCAGCAAAAAGACACAGCUGUAAUCUUCCCAGAAGCACCAGAGGAGCAACAUAGAAGAGCCACACCAGAAGCUAGUGGACAAGAAAAUGGGACGCCUGAUGCUUUUGCUCAGCUGCUCACAUGCCCUUAUUGCGACAGAGGAUACAAGCGUUUGACUUCACUGAAAGAUCACAUUAAAUAUCGCCAUGAAAAAAAUGAUGACAACUUCAGCUGUUCCCUUUGUCGCUACACUUUUGCCUACAGAACACAACUGGAUCGUCACAUGGCUUCACACAAGUCAGGACGAGAUCAGCGCCAUGUUGUAACACAGACGGGUGGAAACCGGAAAUUCAAGUGCACUGAAUGUGGAAAAGCAUUUAAAUACAAGCAUCAUUUGAAGGAGCACUUACGCAUCCACAGUGGAGAAAAGCCAUAUGAAUGCUCUAACUGCAAGAAACGGUUUUCCCACUCAGGCUCUUACAGCUCACACAUCAGUAGUAAGAAGUGCAUUGGGCUUAUAUCACUUAAUGGCAGAGCACGUUCAGGAAUCAAGACACCUCAAGGCACUUCUCCAUCCCUUUCUCCUUCAACCAAUAGCCCUGCUAGAACACAACUUCGACAUAAGCUAGAAAACAAUAAGCCUUUACAAGAACAGCCUGCCAUAAACCAAAUCAAAACUGAGCCUGUGGAUUAUGAAUACAAAACUAUGGUCGUGACCUCUGGUAUCAACUGUGCAAGUUCUUUCCAAAAUGGAGGAUUUAGUGGCAAUACCCCAGUCCAAGUUACAACUUCUCCUCAGAGUGUGGUUCAGGCUGUUGUAUUGCCAACUGUAGGCCUGGUCUCUCCUAUUAGCAUAAAUUUAAGUGACAUUCAGAAUGUUCUUAAAGUUGCAGUAUUAGAAAACAAUCAUGUUACCCUCCCUUCCAAAGAACCAGGAACGGUCUCUUCUGGAUCUGUACAACAAAACAGUCAUUCCCUCAUUUCAUCAAUUAGUCUUCCCUUGAUUGAUCAGGAUGGAACAACCAAAAUCAUUAUCAACUACAGUUUAGAGCCAAGUCAGCUCCAAGCUGUGCCACAAAAUUUAAAAAAGGAAGCUCCUAAUCUAGCAGACAGUUGUACAAGUGAAAAGCCACCAGAAGACCUCACAGUCAAAUCUGAGAAAACUGAGACAAGUGCAGAAGGCGUUAGUAACACUUGCCUUCUUUGUAAUGAAUGUCCUGGUGGGCUAAAUGCACUUCAUGAGCUAAAGCACUAUCAAUUAAAAACUGAAGCUAAUUCAGGGGAAAGCAGUAUUAAGGUUCCUGAAAACCUCGCUGGAGCUUCUGUAUCAACAGAAGAGAAUACCUCUUCAGAUCAAGAGCCAUUGAAGAAUCUAUUGUCACUUCUGAAGGCAUAUUAUGCAUUGAAUGCACAGCCAACAUCUGAAGAAUUGGCAAAGAUUUCAGUUGCUGUAAACCUACCAUUAGAAAAGGUAAAAAAAUGGUUUGAGAAAAUGCAGACUAGUCAGAUUCCAGUCCAGCCAUCUUGUCCCUCUUCUCCCACACCAAACAAUGAAGAGGUCAAACCAAAGCUGUUCAUCAGUCAUCCAGAUUCAUCACCUGAUGAUGUACAAGGCAACUCAGCAAAUUCAGAAACCAAUGAUAAACUGACUGAAUCUCAAAUUACGAAUACACCACUUAAUGCAACAGCAGAACCUUCAAGGAGUAAUACUCCUUCCCCAUCACCACUGAAUCUUUCUUCUGCAUCUUCUAGAAAUUCACAGAGCUAUCUCAACACACCAGAUAGCAAUCAAGAGGAUUUGCAGUUAGAACCUCUUGACCUUUCACUUCCAAGGCAGCAAAAAGAAGGGCUUGAAAGACCCACUAUAACCAGUGUUUACCACAGCAGUGUUCAUUAUGUCCAAGAGGAGCCCUUAAACUUGUCUUGUUUAAAGAAAGAGCAAAUAGAAAAUGAUAGUACUAAUGAAGGAAACUCAACAAGUGCCAAACCAAUAAAUAUUGCAAUUCCUGCAGUCACCACCAAACUUCCCACAAUUGUGGCCAUUUCAAGUCAAAACAGUGUUCCAUGCCUCAGACCUAUAGCUACAAUAAAGCAGGCCAGCUUCAUUCCACAGGUGGCCUACACAUAUAAAACAACUAAUUCAAAUGGAGCUGAACAGCAACAGAAAUCAACUCAAGCCAAUGGAAAUCAUCAAGAGGAAAACCAAGAGACGAGCUCUGGAGGUGUGCCCAAUACUGAUGAUCAGAACGAUUCAGACUCUACGCCACCACGUAAGAAAAUAAAAAAGACAGAGAAUGGAAUGUACGCCUGUGAUUUGUGUGAUAAAAUAUUUCAAAAGAGUAGCUCUCUUCUGAGACACAAGUAUGAGCACACAGGUAAGCGACCUCAUCAGUGUGGGAUUUGCAAGAAAGCUUUCAAACACAAACACCAUUUGAUUGAACACACGCGACUGCACUCUGGAGAGAAACCUUAUCAGUGUGAUAAAUGUGGCAAACGUUUCUCACAUUCAGGCUCCUAUUCGCAGCACAUGAACCAUCGCUACUCAUACUGUAAACGAGAAGCUGAAGAGCGUGAAGGAACAGAGCAAGAGGAGACUGGGCCUGAUUCACUGAACAACAGUGAGUAUACAGAUAUCAGGACCUCUCCUUCCCAUGUGGACUCGGAUGACAAGGAUAGCACUGCAAGAGAAGAUGAAAGUGAGAAGGAGGAGGAAGAGAAGGAAAGUGAUGAAAUGCAAGAUACUUGUGCAGAGGAAAUGAGAGAGGAAUCAGAAGAGGAGGCUGAAGAAGCAAAUAGAACAGACCUGAUGAGUGAUGUGGAGCAGGAAAAUACAGUAAAUAGUCUACAAGCUUUGGAAGCUAAUUCACCAGAAAAAAUGUAAUGAAUACUUGAUCAGGAAUUUAAAUUGGAGAAGAAAUGUUCUGCAAUUAGUGUUGUACCAUGUUUUUAAAAAAAAAUUCCAGAAACACACUCUAUAUUGCUAUGUUUUCUCUUCACUACUGUGUAGAAAUCCCGGUGUGCCUGAACCUCAACAAUUAACAAUUUACCACAUGAACUGUUUAAGAUAUUAGGAAUGAUGUUUGUAUAAAAAAAAUGCAAAAAAAAAAUUGCAAGUGAGAAAUUGCAUAAACUGACUGUCUUGAUUUAAAAGGCAAACCAACAGGUUUUAAAAGAAUUUGCUACCAGUCAUUCUGCAUUACCUGUUUACCUGUGUUGCUCUUCAUUAUGCCAUUCAUGUAUCCCAUUAACUUCAACACUGUACAGCUGGGAGAGAUUUCUAUGAAAAUUUCUAUUACAAAUGAAAGUAUCAAUUGUAGAUUUGUAGUACUACAACUCUCUAUUCCAUUGCUGACUCUCAACAUUUCAUUGGUUUAAAAGGAUGUGAAAAUUUCUGCACUACAGAAUUCCCUUUAUACUUGUAUCUAACAUACUCCUAAGUAUUAUUGUCUACCUUUAUCAGUAUCGCACUAGAAGGUAGUAAUUGAUGACAUUAGUUGACCUUAUUUUAGAGUGUAAAUUCAUUUGACGCAUAAUGUUAGCCUUAAAGCAGCUACUAGAAAAACAAAAUUAAGAAGGAUGUGGUAAGACUUGUAGUUAGAUGUAUAGCAGUCUGUUGCCAAGUCUUCAAAGUAAGAACUAACAGUAUAAUUGUUGGAGAGAACAGAAGUCGGUGUUUUAGUGACUAGUGUUACUUAGGUAAGUGAGGAAUAUGGUAUGGAGCUUUGUACCCCCCUGGCCUUAUGCAAGACCUGUGUGCUGCAAGUGCCAUUUAUAAAUCAGUAUUAUGGAAAUGUGGCUCUAACCAGCCCUUAGCUUUGGUGCAAGUUAUUAACAGUGUUAGCUGAUUUUAUUUCAGUAUUAUUUUAAUUCAAAUUAUGAUAACUUUUUAGUUUCCUAUGUUUGUGCAAAUUUUGUACUGUAUGUCCUUGAACCUGGCAGUAUUAAUACCCUACUUACUGACACAUGUACCUUUUAGUUUUAGAAAACUUUUAUAUUUAUGUGUCUUAUUUUUAUAUUUCUUUAUUGUUAUUUAUUACACAAUGUAGUGUAUAAUACUGUAGUUUGUAUUAAUACAAUAAUAUAUUUUAGUAAGAAAAAUGAUUUGGAAGGUUGAUAAGAAUUCAAAGCAGAAAUACAAUUGGUUCUCUUGCAAUCAAAUUUUGUUUAACAGUGUUAUGUAACAGUAUUACUUGCCUUGGACUGUAGAACUAGAGUUUCAAAUGGGAAUGUAUGAACUUUACAUUCAGAAUCCAGUUAUUUGCCCUGCCUCACUUUUAAUACAUUGGGCUACUGAAUUUCAAGUAUAAUGUUAUACAGCAUGGUAUUUUUGCAGUUUUUUUGAGAUUACUGUGUAACCAUGGAACUGUAUUACUAUCCUCAGCCAAAUUACAAAGUCAUGCGCAGUGUUGGGAACAACAUAACAUUUUUUGCUUUGUGCCAAUUUGUUUUAGAAUUCCUCUACAUCUGAUACAAGCCAGAAGUUUUUUUUUAAUUGCCUAGUUACAUGAUAGUCAUUUUCUAGUUUUAUACCAGACUACCCAUCUCACAAUAAAAUGCAUCAACAAACUGUCUGAACUUGUGACUUCACUGUUGUGUUUUAGUUUUUGUUCCAGAGGUACUACUUGCAUCAUAUUAUGUGCAUUACCCAAGUUUUUAGCUAUUUUGCAGUUGUGUAGAAAAAAAUACCUGAAAUACAUGUCAAUUUUUAAAAUUACUGAGAAGUUACAUAUUUCAUGGAUUCAUCUUGCUUCUCAUUGGAAUCAAUAUUCAGAAUUCCCUCACCAUUUGUUAACAAUAUUUUAAUCUGUAAAUGUUUGUGUUAUGGUGUCCAUUUGAAUGUUAGAUUAGAUUUGCCUGCAUGAGCUGUUAUUUUGCUAGUAUCUAUUGGUCUGAUUUAUACAUGGAUGGAAUCCUUUGUUUUCUCCAGCUCAUAGAAUAAAUAAUGUUUCCUUUUCCUUUCUAUUCCCUUUCUGAACAGGGCAUCUGAAAGUGGAGUUUGGGGCCUUGCUCUGCACUCAACAUCAAAUGAGAUUGCUUGUAACUUUUGCCUGCAUUUUAAACACACUCAGAAAUACCAACAUCUUUGCUGUUAAUGAAAUUGGUGAAGGUUUAGUAGUGUAUCAUGAAAAUCAAUACCAGAUGUAUUUUUGGUAUACAUACACGUUUUAGACUUGUUCAGUUGGUGUGAAAUCUUGAUGUUUGUUGAUGGCAGUAGGUAGGUCUGUAGAAGAUGUCAAGAUGACAUAGACUAGUGUGAUGUGCAGAGAAGUGACUGGAAAUUUACUGUCAAAAUGUAAGGUCACAUUUUGAAAUGAAAAAACACAAUGAGAGUAAAUGAAGUGGGGGAGUAAACGCUGAAGGGUAUAAAUGAAGUAUUAUAUGCAGCAGCUCUUCUUGAAGACUGAAGGAUAGCAAAUGUUAUCCCAGCAUUGAAAGAAUAAAGAGUCAUUACUUCACUAUGUGAAGCAUGAUAUAUGAAAUUAAUUGGCCUAAUGUGAAGAAUGCUUAAGAAUUUUCAAAUAGUGAAACAUUAGGGAACAAAGUGUCUGGAAGGCAUUGCAUCUCUUCUGAAGACAUCUUUGGAGAUUUUAUGCUGUUCAUAAACUCUAGAAUCUUUCAAUGUGGAAAGAGGCCAUUUUAUCCAACGUGACUGAGCUGAAAAAACAAAAAAUACUGGAAACCUUCAGCAGGUCAGGCAGCAUCUGUGGCAAGAGUAUUCUCAUUUCAGGUUAGAGACCCAUCAUCAGUUUUGAAACAUGAUCUCUGUUUCUUUUUCCACAGAUGCUGCCUGACCUGCUGAGUAGUUACAGACAUUUCUGUUUUUUAUUUCAGAUUUCCAGCACCUGCAGGUUUUUUUUUCAUUUUCAUGAUUGGGCCAGCUCUUUGAAAGAGCAACACCAUUGCUCUUUACCUAUAAACCCUUCAUUUUUUUCAUCUUUUCUAGAAGUUUUCCAUUUCCCUUUUGGAACUUAGUAUUGAAUCAGUUGUCUUCAUCUUUUUAAGCAGUGUGUUCCAGCUAAUCAUAAUUCACUACUUCUGGGGGGCGGGAAACAAAUUUCACCUGAUUCUCCUGGCGAUUGGCCUAAGUGUGUGUCCUUUGAUUAUUGGUUCUACUGACAACGAAAACCAUUUCUUUCUAUCUAUUCUGUCAGAAUCCUCCAUUAAUCUACCCUAUCAAAACAAAUGUUAUGUCAAAUUGAUCUUCAGCAUCUUUUUAAAAUAUUUCUUUAAAACCCUAUCCUAAGGUGAAUAAUUUCAGUUUGAGAUUAAAGUCUUGUCAGCUAGAAAUAACAACUACUAUUUAUUUGGUGUGUUUAGUACAGCAAAAAUAACCCAAGCUGCUUCACAGCAGUAUGUUUCAAGCAGAUGCUUCAUACGAGGAGAUAUUUAAAUGGAUGACCAAAGGCUGAGAGAAGGAACUAGGUUUAAAGGACCAUCUGAAUGGAGGAAAGGAAAAUGGAGAUGUAGGAAAAGAACUCUGGAGCUGUAGGGACAGUUGCCAAUAUAGGAAUCAUUAAAUUCAGGGCUGCUAAAGAGGCCAGAAUUGAAACAGCACAAACAAGUUGGAAGGUUGUAUAGUGUCAGGAGAUUACAGAGAGAGGAGGGGUUUUUAAAAAAAGUAUUUGAAAGCGAGGGUAAGAGUUUUAAUUUCAAGGCAUUAUUCAAGGGAGCCACUGUUGGUCAAUGCAGGGAUGAUGGGUUGCAGCAAGUUGUCACAUGACCAACAAUAUUUUGAGGGGUUUAUCUGAUGAAGCUGAGACAUGAUAGAAGCAGGUAAUGUUAUAAAGUUGGGAAUUGCUUGUCUUAGUCUGCAAGAAGUUUGAUACAGUUUCAGAUAUUUUCUGGGGUAGGAGGAUGGAGUCAAAGGCAAGGAAUGGGUUCAAAGCACCAAGCAUUGUAGGGAAUGGUAUGGUGUGUUUUUAAAGUGUGAUUACUUUAAGUGCUCAAACUUUUGGUGUUUGGGGGAACCAAAAAUGGUUUUUACCCAACAGAUGUUUGAUUAGUUUUCUGUUUGCUGCUAAUAUAUUUUUCCCUGCAUGUUUUCUAGAAAUUGACUCAUUCGUCUUCUGAAUUAAUUGAUUUGUAUGCAGUAGUUUUAGCUGUCUUCCCAGUCACUCGUCAUAUUUAAAUUGUCACUUAGUAUUUGUACUAAUUUACAGUGUAAACAACUGUGUGGAUUAAUUUUAUUGUUGUGCUUUGUUAUACUGAGAACAUUUGUUGGAAAAUUGAAGUGUGCUUUCCAGUAGGAAUAUGCCCCACUGCUUCAACCUGCUCUCAUAAUUUGGAACUGUGGUGGAUUUAAACCCCAAUUUUUCUUCUCUGAAAUAACUCAGAAAAUUCUCAACUUGGACUAGUUAGCAGUUAAAACAAAAAAAAGUCGCAGAUAAAGGAGGGAUAGAAGGACAAAAUCAAAGGAUCAAUGUAAAAGAAACAGAUGAAAAUGUCAUCGAAUAGAAGAACGUGGUGUCCUUUUGUACUUUUACCUGAUUUUUAAAACAUUACUCUUAAACUAGUUAAGAGCUGGUGUUAGAAUACUAGGGAAUAAACAGAGAUAUGUAUCACGUGUAUGGGCAGUCAGUGGAAAAACAGAAUAGUUUUUAUGUGAAAUAGAAGUUCACCACCUGUCAGCAAAGCCUUGGGGAUGGACAAUCAAUCAUGUACUUAGCACUGAUGACCACGUCCCAAAGAUGAUUUAAAAUGAAAAGCAGCAGAGCAAAAGCAAGGUGGUAAACACAUUUGGAGGAGCACAAGGUAUAUGGGGCCAGUGGAGUUUAGCAUUUUUUUUGGAUGAUGCAUCUUUGCUUGUUCUUUAUGGGGCAUGUUGAGUCAAAUAUUUAAGUAGCAUAGUAAAUCAUCAGAGUCUCAAAAUACACAGAGCGUUGUGGAAUAUGUGCACCCUAUUGGCUGAGCUGGAAUUUGAAUAUUUAGAACGUUGUACUUGGGCAUCUUAGAAGGUUUGGAGAAUGCAAAAAAGUUUCACUGGGAUAGUCUGAAGGGAUCGCUAUUCAUACUUCUUAAAAGUAUCAAUUAUUAUUAAAGAUACUCCAAAUGGUCUAAAAUUGAGAUCUUUUUCAGUUGAUGUUGCUCCAUUUUCAACCCUGUCAGUAAUGCAUGUGUAUUACUUCUGCCCAAAGUUGGGGAAUAUACUAUAUACCUAAAUGCAAACAAUAUACACAAAGUCUGAUUGGAAAUUGAAGUAUUGAGUUGGUCAAUGUUUGUGGGUGGGGAUUGGUAAGUGGCGAUGGUGCAGAGAAUGAGGAUUCAACAAAGGCCAAGUGGCAUUAAUAAAUGUGCAGCCUCAGACUUCUCAAAACAUGAGUCCUGCUGAUUUGGGGGGGAAAAGAUUCAUUUGUUAUUGGCAGUGGUAGAAAAUACCAACUAUAAAAAUCAGCUGGUAAAAAUAGCAACAUGAAGGAACAUGAGUGAGAUGGAAAUAAUCUGUCUUGAAUCCAAUUGAUGGCUAAGUUACAUAAAAUGUACAGAACAGACUAUAUGCUUUAUCCUAUCUGUGCUGCUGUUCGUGCUCCCCCUCAAACUCCUUUGAAAUGUCAUCUAAUUCUAUGAGAAAUUCUGUUCCCUUCCAUUGUAUAUCUAUUCAGCCUCCUCUCUCAAUGCUGUUCGCCAACCUACUACCUGGAUUAGUGAGUUCAACACCUGCAGUGCAGUUUGGGAAAAGAUGUUUCUUCCAAAUUCCCCUUUCAUUUAUUGUUGGUUACCUUGCGUUGUUGACCUUACAACUUGAAAUGCACUCAGUCUACUUUAUCAAAACUUUUCAUAGUUCUAAAUACCUCUACCUGGGCUUCUCAGCCUUCAAGAGAAAAAAAAACUUGGCCUGUUGAUCAUUUCUUGACUGAUUUGUUUUGCAGUGAUCCUUUUAAUUGUUUUAAACUCCCUCUAUAUUCUUUGAAUAAUAUGACUGGAAUAUACCCUGUAUAAACUAAUCUAGGUAAACACAAGUGUUUAGUUACUUUUUGUGGCCUUACCAAUAUGUCAUUGUAGUGACUUGUUUAUUUGCAGUGGCAGAUCCCUUUGCUCCUCCACCUUAUCCAGUUCUUAUUUUCAAAGUGGCAUGUAACUUGGGUUUGGGAAAGAGGUGAAUCCCUUUACAAUUCAUGAAUGAUUUGGUUCACUGUAAACGAUGGUCUUGUUUUGACCUCUCAGUGUGUAAUAUAGCCAUCAAAUCCAUGCUUUUUUUUUUGGUUCUGAGAUUUUUACCCCUAAUAUUUGUUCAGAAGUGACCCAAUUUUCUUUCAUAUUGAUGAUUUGUAUGUCCCUUUUAAAAAUAGAUAUGAAGUCUUAAAGUAGAUAUUGUCUAAAGAAUUAAUUUUAUUAUAGUGUCUCUGGUGUCUCCAGGUUAUUUUAAAUGCACAAAUACAAUCUUCUAACCCAGGAAUUUUAACUAGAGAAUUUGAUUAGUUUACUCAGUUUUUCUCCUUCAAAAGUGGUACAACUGCAUUUAAAAUAAUCAGGUCUUUUGAUGUCUUGUCCACCCAAAAACUCUUUUGUAAAUAUGGAAGCAAAAUAACUAAACAUUUCUACCUUUACACUCACUUCUCAGGAUUUUAUUCUAUCCACGCCUCAGUGGCCAUAUUCCCUUUCCUCACUUUUGUUUAUGACACUAGAAUAUUUUACUAAUUUCUUAAUAAUGUAUCCAACCAGUUCCAUUUUGCCUUGUAUUUUUGACCUGUUUUUAAUCUCUUUGUUGUCCAUUUAAUUAGUAGAUGACUCUGCUCACCCUGUUAUUCUCCAAUGUUUUAAGUUGUACAUGUCUCAUUAGGGUUUCAUUUGUUUUUGUUCCUGGAUUUUGAAUGCCAAUUUAACUGUUUCACAUUGCUGGACUAUAUCAUUGUUUAUCAGUGUUAUUGUCCAUUUUAUUUUCACAAGUUCUGUUCUCGCCUCAAAACCAGUUUUCUCUAAUUUGCAACUUAAUUAUUAUCCUAAGCACAUUGGCCUAGAAAAUCAAACAUAGCAUUUUUUUCCCAGUACAUAUAAAAAUUACUUAUUUAUACAGUGGAGCACCAUUGCUACAGUCCAGAAAUUUUAAUGGACACUUACUGAUUCACCCUUGCAAACCUGAUGCAAUUUCUGCAUCAGUCGUGCACAUGAUAACAAUUCCCUGUGCAACUUCAGGAAAUUGGAUCAUGUUACUCUGGGGUGCAGCCAUCAUUUGGCACUCUGAAAACAAUCAAGUUUACAUCGAAAGAUCAGUGCUAUUUAAAGAGGGCUUCCUCAAACAGGUCCCAGCCCAGCACUGGAAACUUAGCACUGGUCAAUCCCCUUAAUCUUUGUAACUACUGCUCUCAUUACCUCUCUCCUCCCCCAGCCCAACCUACUUUGCAGUCCUAGAUUUUGCAACCCUAGGCCCCCAUCUACACCCACAUUUAUUUCCAGACAAUUGUCUUUCUCCCACAGCUCCCAAUCCCCUGACCAUCUUCCAUCUUGCCAUAAAAAGGAAAAUGUGUAAUGAGCAGUUCGUAGCACCCAAAGCCUUUGGACACCACCAAACUUUGCAGCAGCUCACCCACAGCUCUCAGGUUCAUUGGCAUGCUGUACAAUAAUGAGUAUAGUUUUAGUAGUACUAAUCAAUUUCGAGGCCAUUCUAUUAUGGUCACUGUUACAAAGGUGUUCUAAUCAGGUCUAAGCUUGUUUCUUCCCCUUUAAUCAAAUCUGGCAGUAUUUCCUCUCUUGUUGGGCCUUUUUAAUACUUGUAUAGGAAGGCAUCUGUCCACAUUUUGGUGACUUAAUUCAGAUUUCUCUUUUACCUAGCCAACUAAUUCUGUGGUAUUCCCUUUAAUUAUUACGUCUUGUGCUCAUUUCUCUGAUGUGUAUAUUCUUUUUCCUUCACAUCCCUUCUGCUGAUAGGUGGUUCAGAGCGGCAGCCAUUUGCAUUAUUGAUCUUUUAUUAUCUCCAUCCACUAUCACAUUUCUGAGUUGCUGAUGUCUGUGUGACUUCUGCUGUUAAUGUUCUGUUUAAUGAGUAGUUGCUCUAUCUUUGUCCCCUCUUUUUUAACUCUAAAUGUUAUUCUACAAUGUUUUAUCCAAAUUAACAAUUUACAAAUACUUCAUAACUUUGUAAAAGUUGAUGAAUCUCCUUCAGCAUCUGGACCUGGUUACCAUCACUGUUAUUCACAUGGUUGUCACAUCAGACUAGCAGCAUUUUUAGAAGUUUUGUACCUGUUUAUGUGAGAAGAAUAAAUGUGUUACAAGAUGAGGCUAUUGGUCUUGAAGUACCUGAAUAUUACUGGCAUAAAGCAAGGGUCAGUCUGUGCAAUAUAAAUGCUGUAAUUUAUUUUCCUUUUGUACAAAUGUACAAAAAUGAUCCUUUACAAACUGCUUUAUUUUCCUCAUAAUAAAUGGACCUG